ACGCCAUGUGUUGUUGUUUUUUUUCCGGCACGAUGUGGAAAAUCCUCUGAGAAUAUGGUGCUCUAGAGCUCUCGCACGAGUAAAUCUCUUCCUUCAGUCUACUCCCUCACACAUGGAUAAUGUCCCGGAAAAUCUCCUCCUAAUUGACCUGUGCUCCGUCCGGAUGCGAUAAACCGAUAGAAGAAGCCGUCAACGCAUCCGUCUCUUGCGAGUUCCGACUUACAAAAUGGUCAACGUAGAGUUGGAAGAGACCUAUCGAUUAGGCGAGCUGCACGACUAUCCGAUGUUCAUGAAGAUCUGCUGCGACACCCUGAAUUCGGAAUGGAAACGCAGCGAAACAGCGAGAAUGCACAGCCUCCAGAAGUCGUCGUCAGCAUUCCCGGUCUCUCUGGUCAUGUUCGCCGCCAAAAGUAAAGAGUUCUUCGGUCACGCAAGAGUUUGCCGGAUCCUCGAACGCACAGACGCCUGUUUCAUCGAAAGUGUUAUAGUUAUGUCUGAGAAACGAGGCAGAGGUCUUGGUAGGCGACUCAUGGCGCUCGUGGAGGAAUAUGCCCGACAACACGGUUUCUUGACGAUCUAUCUCACGACGAAAGACAAACAAAGUUUUUACGAGCAUCUCGGAUAUACGUAUUGCGAACCCAUGACUGCCUCGAAUAGCUCAUGCGUCACAUUGGAGACUAUCGACAGGAUUCAAGGGCUCCCGGCAGCUCCGGCGACCGUCUUCGCCCUUUCCGGGACGGACGGAGCUCUACCACCGCCUCCUUCCCCUCCUCCUCCACCGCCCCCGCAAUGGGUGAAAGGCAAGCGAAUCGAUAGGAACUGGAUGAUGAAAAUUCUCAGAUGACCUCCGAGCGGAACAUUUCGAGAACCUCAUGGGAGAAGAUCUUGAGGACUUCAUUCUCCGGCACCUAGACUAUCGGUGCUAGCGAUACCGGUCCAGCUGGACUUCGACCACUUGGAGCUUCCCGAACGGUUCAUGAAUCAGCAAUCACCCAAAAGUCUGAUCGAUUCUG